AUGUCUUCGAACGACAAGAUGAGUAUUGAUAAAGACAAACUGAAGGAGAAACUCGAGCAGAAACUUGACGUUUCUCAUUUCGAUCCGAACACAGUAAUCCGCGGAGCUCAGUUGACGCUGGUAGGAGCUCAUCGUGCACUUCAGAACCCUGCACUUUUUACCACCGAUCACUAUCGACAAGCGGCUAUUGCAGUUGUAGCUGGCCUCGCCAUUAGACUCGUCGUCUCUGUGCCCAUCAUUGGGAUCAAAGUACUGCUAUGGGUUAUCUCGUUCUUUGUGUCUCUCGACACGGUAACAUGGGAUGAUACCCUCGUAAACGGCCUUGACUUUGUUGCAGAAUAUGUUCUUCAAGUGCCGUUCUUCCUCAUGACUCUUAUGCGUUAUGUGGUACCAACUCUUGAUAACCUAUUUAUGCAGUCGUUGCAGUGGGUAGAUAUAACUUAUGUCCAGAAGCACAGUGGUGAAAAGCCUUCUGAGCUUCGGAACAUGUACUAUCCAAAUCUUAAGAUGUACAGGCCGACAGACGGAAGCACACACUCUGAGAGUACUGCUCAAGCUGUUUCUAUGUUUCUUUACCGCUUUCUUCGUAAAGGUGGCAUCUCUCUCGCCGUCUUCGCCCUCUCAUACACGCCAUACAUCGGCCGCUUUGUUUUGCCUGCUGCAAGUUUCUACACCUUCAACAACGCUGUAGGGUUGGGUCCGGCUUCGGUGAUAUUCGGCACAGGUAUCUUCCUUCCUCGCAAGUACCUUGUCAUCUUCCUUCAGAGCUAUUUCUCAUCCAGGAGUCUGAUGCGAGAAUUGCUCGAACCUUAUUUUGCCCGAGUUCACUUUACUAAAGAGCAGAAACGAAACUGGUUUCGCAGUCGAGAAGGUGUUUUGUUUGGCUUUGGUUUGGGAUUUUAUAUCCUUGUUAAAAUUCCUCUGGUUGGCGUGCUCAUCUAUGGUAUUGCUGAGGCAUCGACCGCCUAUCUUAUUACCAAAAUUACCGACCCGCCACCUCCUCCUCAACAGAUGAACGACUUCACCCAGGGGCAGCAGAAUUGGUCCAACAAGCACGAAUUCCUGAACCUCUCUCUUGCCAAUAUCGAUUCGGUUCAUACCGAUGAUUCUCUUAAGAAGACAAAAUAG